CUUGUCCCCUCUCAUCACAAGAGUUUGUCAAUCAUCGCCCUCGAAUUCGAUCGCACUUAAAGUCAGCAUCGAGAUUGCAUCAUCAGCUCAUAGAUCCAGUCACAUCGCGCUGCGAGCGAAUGGAAGACAAUGAAGUGGAAGUGCCUCCAUUCUUCCUCUGUCCCAUCUCGCUGGGGAUCAUGAGAGAUCCAGUCACCGUCUCGACGGGGAUAACCUAUGACCGAGACAGCAUUGAGACAUGGCUGUCCACUUCCAAAAUUAGCUUGUGCCCCGUCACCAAACAGCCAAUCUCCGACAUGGACCUGACGCCUAACCACACCCUCCGCCGCCUGAUUCAAUCUUGGUGCACCCUCAACUCGUCGCAUGGCGUUGAGCGGAUCCCAACCCCAAAGCCUGUCAUCAGCAAAGCCCAGAUCACCGAGAUCCUGCGAGAUGCCAAGAAGCCUCACCACCAACAGAAGUGUCUUAGGCGGCUGAGAUCUAUCGCUUCUCAUCAUACUUCAGCCAAGCGUUGCAUGGAAGCUGCCGGUGUCAUUGAGUUCCUGGCCUCGGUGAUAAACACCACCUCACAAGAUCACUCGUUGGCCUCGGAAAAUGGGUCACUGCUUGAAGUCAAGACACCGAGCGACGACGCGCUGUGCAUCCUCUACCAUCUCCAGCUCUCUGAGCGGGGCCUUAAGAGCCUUGUGGCCAAGGACAGUAAGUUCAUUGAAUCUCUUACACGCAUCAUGCAGUGUGGCUCUUAUAAGUCGAAGGCAUUUGCAGUGCUGCUGCUCAAGUCGAUGUUUGAGGUUGCGGAGCCGAUGCAGAUCAUCACCCUGAGGCAGGAGUUUUUUGCCAAGGCGGUCCAAGUCCUGCACGACCAGAUAUCUCGGCAGGCCACCAAGGCCACGCUGAAGCUACUGAUAAAUCUAUGCCCUUGGGGCCGAAACAGGAUCAAAGCCGUUGAGUCCGGGGUAGUCUCAGUAUUGAUCGAGCUGCUUCUUGAUUGUUCUGACUGGCGGACCUGUGAGUUAAUGUUGAUGUUGUUGGAGAUGCUGUGUCAAUGGGCCGAGGGGAGAUCGGAGUUGCUAAGGCAUGGAGCGGGCAUCGCAGUCGUUUCAAAGAGGAUACUUAGGGUUUCGCAUGUUGCUAGCGAGAGGGCAGUCAGAAUUCUGCUUUCUGUCUCCAAGUUCUCGGCAACCGCGAGCGUUUUGCAAGAGAUGUUGCAGUUGGGCGUCGCAGCGAAGCUGUGUUCGGUUCUGCAAGUGGACUGUGGAAGGAAGAUCAAAGAAAAGGCGAUUGAGAUACUGAAAUUACAUGCCAGGGUUUGGAAGCACUCUCCCUGUAUACCCUCCAAUUUGCGCGCUUCAUACCCAUCUUGAAAAUGUCCCAAUUGUUUUACCAAAUCGAUCUUGAUCAAGGCAAGAUCUUCGACCAUAUUUGUUGGUAGAGCUCCGCGACAUGUCCUCCUACUUUGAGGAACAAAAAACGGCGUUGAACGAAAGGAUCGAAUAUGCUUGGGAAGCUUCUGAUCCUAGCUUAAUGGUGGAAGGGCCAGUCCAACAAAUGAUAAUGGCCGCGAAAUACGGGCUGUUAAAACCGUCAGGAGAAGGUGCUAUAAGUUGUGGAAGAAAUGGUCGUCGUGGGGCUAGUGAUGAGACCAUGAUUAUUGAGUAGUAGGUCUUUGAGUAAUCAUUUACAAAUACAUGUUGCUAAAUUUUAUGAGUCACGUAGGUGGUAUUUGCUUUUUUUGUAACUAUUGUUAAUCACUUCUAAUAGUUAUAAGUAUCGAUCAUUCGAGUAAAGG